UAGACACGUCGAUGACGUUGACUGUCUUUCUGAGCCAUUUGCUGGCGGCGCCAUCUACAAUGGCACUUUCAAGCAAUGGCCAAUUGAGCCCAUGGAAAAUAAUUUCUUCAGCCACACCGGCAACCCCGGUCUUACAAAUUUCACCUGCGAUGUGAGUGGCGCAUCUUCGACGAGUGGUGCCCCAGUCGAAUGUAAUAUUACCAAUCUCGUUAGCGACGAUGUGACAGAGUAUGAGUACUGUGGACGCCGUGGACAAUGUGACUUUACUUCGGGCACGUGCUACUGUAUUGAUGGCUACGAAGGUUCCACUUGUACAGCAUCAAGUUAUGCAGAGUCUGGUUCUAACACCCUCCCUGGUGUCGACAUUCACGCUGCUGGAAAUGAUUACGUCGGAGACCUGUUUAAGCUGAGUACUGACAAGUCGUCUGCAUCUGACUUCACCUUCAUGAAAAUUAUCGCAGAUGACGAGGAUUUGCUAAGUAUCCGAGGCGAUGGACUGCUAUCAAUCGCACAAAUUGAUGUAACCACGUAUGGGGCAACAGUUUCAGCGGGUGGUCUCACAAUACUGACCGAUGGUGCGAAAAUAGAAGACGGUGGGCUCCAAGUUUCAAGUACUGCACUCGACGAUCCAGUCCUCCACAUUGUUGGUGACGGAGAGUCAUUUACGGACGCCUUGCUGCGCGUUGACUCGGUGCGGUCUGAAGAUGCCAAUUAUUGGUUUGCGCGCUUUAACACAGCCUACGACGUAACAGAUGGGAGUUACGACGUAAAUGUAUUUUCCAUUCGUGGAGAUGGUUACACGAAGAUUGAAGGCGAACUACACGUAAACAACGUGACUUCGGUGCACAGCCUUGAACUCACUGGUGCUGGCUUCACAAUUAAUCAGGGUGGACUCCACAUCAUAGAGGACGGUGCUACUAUCUAUGAUGGUGGAGCAGAGAUCCGCAAUAACAACUUGACUGUCCUCCGCGCGUACCAUAAUGAUGCUUUCCGUGACAAGGAUAAUGGAACUGUUUUUUCCGUCGAAUCUUCCGCAGAUUUCACGCGUGAUAUAAACCUCAUCGAAGCAAUCAUGGAUGCAGACAGUGCUUACACUCCUGAAACGGUCUUUCGUGUCAACGGCCUCCCAAGGACAUAUAUCGACCAGGGUGGCCUUGAUGUCAUUGGAGGCAUCACUGUCUCCAGUGCUGGCAUCAACAUAACUGCAGGUGGCCUUUGGGUAUCUUCAGGCGGUGUGCAUGUCCAAGGCUGGGAGAGGGAGGCGACACGCGGAGCGCCACGCGAGCUGCGAGACGGUGCCUGGAUCAUGGCCAGGCUCGGACGUUCGGGGUCGUGA